ACCAGCAGAGGGAGUAGAGAUGAAGAAGACGAAGACGAAGCCCCAAAUCUCUCUCCUCUCUCUCUCUCUCUCUCUCUCUCUCUCUGAAUCGAAGAUGAAGGAAGAAGCCAUGGAAGCCAUACUCAGAAACACUGUGCAGAACAGCCUCCGCCACUUCAUGUACAAAAACGCCAUCUUCUUCUCCGAGUUUCUCUGUGCCGAGUUCCCCUCGGAGGCGAAUCUGCAACUGCUAGCCUCCUGUUACUUGCAGGAUAAUCGAGCUCAGUGCGCAUAUCAUAUAUUAAAGGGAACACAAAUGGCUCAAUCGCGCUACUUGUUUGCACUAUCAUGCUUUCAGAUGGACCUACUUAAUGAGGCUGAAGCGGCAUUGUGCCCUGCUAAUGAGCCUAUUGCAGAGGUUCCAAACGGUGGUGCUGGUCACUACCUUCUUGGCCUUGUGUACAGGUACACUGAUAGGAGGACAAAUGCUGUCCAUCACUUCAAGCAAGCUUUGUCUCUUGAUCCUUUACUCUGGACAGCAUAUGAAGAGCUCUGUAUAUUAGGUGCCGCUGAGGAAGCAGCUGCAGUUUUUGGUGAAGGAGCUGCCAUUUGCAUUCAAAAGCAAUACUUACACCAUACAUUCGCUUCUCAUAACUCACAUGUUUCAGAGGAAGAUCGCAAUUUAACAUCUUCUAGGAAUCUUGUAUCAGCAGAGGAAGUCAGUCCAAGGCAGUUGAAGCAGUUGUCAGGUAAUAAUGUGAGAGAAGUCCCAGGAAGUUGUCAGGGAAUGACUACAUCAGUAAGAGGUGCUGGUCAGCCUCCAAAUGGUGUCUAUCACCUUUCUCUUUACAACACACCCUCACCAAUUGCCACACAGUUUUCUGCUGCUGCUCCACCUCCCCUUUGUAGAAAUUUACAGCCAAAUGGAUCAAAUACAAGUACAGCUGCUGCUGAUAGCUCCCCAAGGUCAACUAUUAACUCAACUAUCCAAGCUCCUCGGCGGAAGUUUGUGGAUGAAGGAAAAUUACGAAAGAUAUCAGGAAGAUUAUUUUCUGAUUCUGGUCCUCGACGAAGUACAAGACUUGCUGCAGAAGCAGGCGCUAAUGCUGGAACAAAUGCAGCUUCUGUUGCUGGAAAUGGCACCAACAACUCGUCCAAGUAUCUUGGAAGUUCUAAACUGAGUUCUGCUGCAUUCCGCUCAGUGACUGUCAGGAAGGUGCCAAAUUGGGCUAAUGAAAAUUUUGAUGAAGGCAUGAGGAAUGAGGUUUUUGAUGAUUGUCGUUCAAAUAUUGUAUCUGGUGCUGGUGCUUUGCCCUCUGUAGACAACAAAGCUCUUGAUCAAGAAGGAGCAACUAUGCCAUGUUCUGGGGUUCUUCUAAAUAACUCAAAAGUUUUAACUGGUACAGCUGAGAUAUUAAGUCUCCUGAGAUUAUUUGGUGAAGGCUAUAGACUAUCCUGCAUGUACAGAUGUCAGGAUGCACUGGAAGUAUAUUCAAAACUCCCACACAAGCAUUAUAAUACAGGCUGGGUGCUUUCGCAGGUUGGAAAAGCAUAUUUCGAAUUGGUUGAUUAUUUGGAGGCUGAUAGAGCGUUCAGCCUGGCCCGUAGAGUUUCACCUUAUAGUUUAGAAGGAAUGGACGUUUACUCUACUGUUCUUUAUCAUUUGAAGGAAGGUAUGAAGUUAAGCUAUCUAGCCCGAGAACUGAUUUCGACAGAUCGUCUUGCUCCUCAAUCUUGGUGUGCCAUAGGAAAUUGCUAUAGCUUGCAGAAAGACCAUGAAACAGCCCUGAAAAACUUCCAACGAGCAGUGCAGCUUGAUUCAAAGUUUGCAUAUGCUCACACGCUUUGUGCUCACGAAUAUGUUGCUUUAGAGGAAUUUGAGAACGGAAUUAGAAGUUAUCAAAGUGCUCUUCGGAUUGAUUCAAGGCACUAUAAUGCAUGGUAUGGCCUUGGAAUGGUCUAUCUUCGUCAGGAGAAAUUUGAGUUUGCAGAGCAUCACUUCCGAACGGCAUGUCGAAUCAAUCCCAGUUCUUCUAUUAUAAUGUCGUACCUUGGAACAGCUCUUCAUGCCUUAAAGAGAAAUAGUGAAGCUUUGGAAAUGAUGGAGAGAGCGAUCUUAGCAGACCGGAAGAACCCUCUCCCAAUGUAUCAGAAGGCUAAGAUACUCGAGAGUUUGGAGAGUUUUGAUGAGGCUCUGGAAGUUCUCGAGGAGCUCAAAGAAUAUGCCCCCCGUGAAAGCAGCGUAUAUGCUCUAAUGGGUAUGAUCUAUAAGCGCCUUAACAUGAAUGACAAGGCAAUGCUUCACUUUGGUCUUGCCUUGGACUUGAAACCAUCUGCCACUGAUGUCGCAACCAUUAAGGCUGCAAUGGAGAAACUCCAUCUCCCAGACGAAUUAGCGGAGGACUCGUAGUUGAGAAAUCUUAUCAAGAAAAACAGUGAGAAGAAAGAAGCCAUGUACAUUCACGGGAUCAGAAUUCUUGGACAUAAUGAGAAGGUGCCCUGCUUGCAUUUUCGAGUGGAUGAUAAACAGAGGGGGCCACCCUUCGAGCCUUACUUGUUGGAUGAGCUCUCCUUCCGAUAUCGACAGAUUUUCAGUCUCAGUUACAGUUUUGUAGGGAAAUUGAAUGCCAAGGCAGUAUUCAAGGGAGAAGAGGUACUGUAAAUGUGCCAUUUUAAAUUACGUAUGAUAAUCUGUACCAUCACUGCAUAGGAAGUACGGAGUCUGUAUCAUGAGACGCAAUGCGGUUAAGAUUUGAAUAUCCAUUGAGGAAUUCUUUUCUACGGGGUUUGCUACUAACCUUAUUUCUGUAUCAUUGGCUUUGAUAGCCAUAUCAUUGGAACAUGGCAAAAUCUCUAUGGUGUC